UUUCACAUCUAGUAGAAUCUAACGGUCGCAGGACCGAAUUGAAUUGUUAUUUAAACUUUGGAGGCAGCAUGUUGCUAGUGUUCAACUUCUAGAUCUAGAUUCUAGACUUCAAACAAAAAAAAAGUCAAUUUUAAUUAAUCUAGUCUAGAACAUAAAUAUUUAAUUAUCAGCCAACUAAAGAUGUCUGAAGGUGGCCGAGCUAGGGGGCGUGGAGGACGGGGAAAACCCAAGGAACCUCAAACAAAUCUACCUCCUGGUGUCCAGGCUGUCCAGCAACAGACAGCACCUGUUGCUCGAGGUAGAGGACGAGCUGCUGUCAGACCUGCGGCAACAAUUGAGCCUCCAUCAGCAGCCCAGGCUCCUCCUAUUAUGCAGGGACACCCAGAACCCCAGGCUGUGCCUGCAUAUGGUGGUGGUGGUCGUGGAGUUCAAAGAGGAGGAGGACGUGAACGACCCACAGGUCCCCCAACAGAUGAAAUGGGAGCCUUGAGCUUAAGGCGCUCACCACGCUCUGCCUAUGACAAAUAUGUUGAUGCUGUUUAUAAAGCAUCUGAAAAAUGCUCUGUUGGCAAAAGUGGGGAGAGUGUUGCUCUCUAUAGCAACUAUUUCCAAGUGAAUUUAGCUACUGAUCUCAAGAUCUUCCAGUAUCAUGUCUCCUUCAAGCCUGAGGUGGAAAAUAAUAGAGUGAAAUUUGGACUUAUUGCUGCACUCUCUGAGGUAGUAGGUGCAGUCAAAUGUUUUGAUGGCGGCAUCCUGUACUUGCAAAAACUUUUACCUAAAGAUCCUCUUGAGUGUGUCUCAGAGCGCUCAUAUGACAAAGCCCCCAUUACUGUAACAUUCAAAUUUGUUUGUGAAGUUUAUGCCAAUUCCCCACAGUUUCUGCAGAUUGUUAACUUGAUGUUUAAGAGGGUACAGAUCACCUUAGAUAUGAAACAAAUCAGGGACCAUUAUUUUAACAUUCAUUUGGCCACCAAGAUUCCAAAGCACAGAAUUGAGGUAAUGCCAGGAUUCACAACAUCCAUUUUGGGCUAUGAUGGCGGAAAUCUCUUGUGUGUGGAUACAAUUCACAAAGUACUUAGAAUUGACACAUUUUUAGAUGUAUUGUAUCAGACAUUUCAUAGUGUACGUCAGAAUGCUGAAGAAUUUAGAAGGAAGGCCACCAAAGAACUUGUUGGAGUCAUUGUGUUGACCAAACACAAUAACAAAACGUACAAAGUGGAUGAUAUAGCCUGGGAUGCCAGGGCUAGUGACUGCUUUGAAAAGAAUGGACAAAUGAUUAGUUACUCAGAUUAUUACAAAGAGCACUGGAACAUUACUAUUCUAGACAAAGACCAACCUUUACUGGUCAGUAGACCAACUGAAAAGGAUCUCCGCAGAGGAGACAAGAAGAAUUUAUUCCUUAUUCCUGAACUCUGCAUUAUAACUGGUCUUAGUGAGCAAAUGCGCUCAGACUUCAAUGUGAUGAGAGAUCUGGCUGUACACACAAGAGUAGGACCAGGUGAACGUUUGAAGCAGAUUACAAGGCUGCUGCAGCAAAUAAAUGAGACUCCAAAUGCAGGAGAGGUGUUGAAGCCAUGGCGUAUUGGAUUCAGCUCUAAACCUGUGGAGAUUGCUGGCAGAACCCUACCUGCUGAAAACUUGCUGAUGAGAAACAAUAGGGGUGAAUUUUUGAAAAUCUCCUAUGAACCAAGAGAAGCUGAUUGGAGUCGCAAUAUGCGCAAUGCUGGAUUACUAACUGCAGUGAACAUGGACAACUGGAUAAUUAUAUUCCCCAGAGCCAGUUCCACAUUGGCUUCUGAUCUCUCAGAUUGCUUGUCCAAAGUUGGCAGAGGAAUGAGCAUGAGGAUUAACAAUCCUAUUGCCAUUGAAAUGAAUGAUGAUAGAAAUGAAUCUUACCUUCAAGCCAUACGACAAAAUCUAAAUCAAAGUAUUCAAAUGGUUGUUUGUGUGGUACCCAAUCAGAAGAAAGACAGAUAUGAUGCAAUCAAAAAAUGUUGCUGUAUUGACAAUCCUGUUCCCAGCCAAGUGGUUGUCACAAAAACGCUUCAGAAGAAGCAAGGCAUGAUGAGUGUUGCCACAAAGAUAGCCAUUCAGCUGAAUUGCAAAAUGGGCGGUGAAGUCUGGGGAGCUGAAAUACCUCUGAAGGGUUUAAUGGUUAUAGGAAUAGACACCUAUCAUGAUUCAGCUCAUAAGAACCAGUCUGUAGGAGCUUUGGUGGCUUCUUUGAACAAAGAGUGUACUCGGUACUUCAGCAAAACUGAGUAUCAUCCAUCAAAAGAUGAAUUAAUGAGAAAUCUGCAACCUUUGAUGACUGCUGCACUUAGGAAAUAUCAUGAUGUGAACAAGGCACUGCCGCAAAAGAUAAUUCUCUACAGAGAUGGUGUUGGUGAUGGGCAGUUGCAAACAGUAUUCCACUCAGAGCAAGAGCAGGUUAUGUCUGCCCUCAAAGAUACAGGUGGCCAAGACUACAGGCCUGGAUUUGCUUUUGUUAUUGUUAAGAAGCGUAUUCAGACACGCCUGUUUGCAAAAGAAGGAAAUGGCAUUAAUAAUCCUUGUCCAGGAACCAUUGUGGAUCAAAUAAUUACAAAACCAAACUGGUAUGAUUUCUUCCUUGUGAGCCAGUCAGUUCGUCAGGGAACAGUCACACCUACCAGCUACAAUGUUAUCUAUGAUGACUCUGGUCUCCAGCCAGAUCACAUUCAGAGACUGACCUACAAGCUCACCCACUUGUAUUUCAACUGGCAGGGAACCAUUCGUGUGCCUGCUCCGUGCCAAUAUGCUCACAAGCUUGCUUUCCUUCAAGGCCAGACCUUACAUCGAGAAUUCUCAGCCUAUUUGUCAGACAAACUUUUUUUUCUGUAGAUUUAGUUUUUAAACCUUUUAAGAUGUGCCCAGGGACCUGGCAUAUGUCUGGAAUCAUUGUUUUUAAAUUGACAGUUUUUUGUUAUUGUUUUUUUUUUUCAUUGUUGAAGUGUGCCUUCAGCUAUAGAUACUAAAUGUACAAAAAAAUAUCAUUCUCACUGUUACUAACAUCUUGAAUGGAAGAAGAUCUGAAAGAAGCCAACUUUUUUUUUAAAAUGGAAUAGCUAGCUGAUUAUGUACAGACCAUAUUUUUUUUAAAACUCACUUGUGUAAAAUGUAUAUAAUUAAUCGUUUUCAUUAUGUAGUUACUUAACCUUUUUCUCUGUUCUGAGAAUUCACUGCUGGUGUUUUAUUUUGAAAAAAAUUUUUGGUUUGUUCUUAUACAUGUUAAUUUUUUUGUUCAUUCUUUGUUUAUGGUCACACAAAAAAGUAUGUGGCAUACUUAUUUGUAUUGGGACACAUCUCCCCUUUUUUAGCAUUCCUAAUCUGUUCAUUGAUUAUUUUCUGGAGCUCAGUCUAAGAGCUUUGCAAUUUGAAUAUUUUCUACUUCUCCUUGCAUAAAUGGCUGUACACACAGCUGUUUUGAAGACUCAUCAUGACUUCAUAUUGUGUUCAUUUUUCACUUUUAUUAGUUUUGUAAAUAUGUUUAUCAAUACAUUUUUUCAUUAUUUCUAAUUCAUUAUCCUUUUAACACAAAAGUAUAAUUGAAUUCCAUCUGUUAAAAAAACUGCUUUAAAACACUCCUUUAGAAGUUCUGUUUAGUUCACAUUUUCAGUUUUAUUAGUUAUGCAAAGUUGCAAAAGGUUUUGAAAAGUUUUUUUACUGUGUAAAUAUGUUUGUUGCACAAUUCAGUUUUUAUUAUUAUGUUUUAAAUAAUAGUUGAUUCUAAUUACAUCCUGUGUUUGUCAAAACCUUAAAGCAAUUUUGCAUAAACCAAAAUUAUGUUAAUUCAAUACCAGUCUGAAUAAAAAAAUUUAAUAUA